UGCAGGGUCAUUAGCACAGGCUGCAGCUGAAGCUUCCACACAGAAGUUGACGGACAACGACUUCACUGCAGACAUGAGCCAAGUCUUAGACAUUGAGCGCUGUGAUCUGGACAUUAAGAGCAACAGCAGCAGCCAUCAUACAGAGCUGUAUGGAGAGGAGCGUCUGAUUGUCAGAAGGGGACAGCCCUUUAACAUCAUUCUACAUCUGAAGCCUGGCAGCAAAGAGUUCACACUGGCUGAAACAAGCUUCACGCUCAUCGUUGAAACUGGUCCGUUACCCAGAAAAGAAUCGGACACUAAGGUUUCUUUUGGUCUACGUGACUCUAUAGUGGACACUGAGUGGAGCGCAUCUGCCACUAAUGUUCCCUCUGGAAACACAUUAACUGUGUCUAUCAGUUCCUCGCCCAACGCCCCCAUAGGCAUCUAUUCUCUGACUCUGGACCAGGAGGGGCAGAAAACCAGUUUAGGACUGUUCAUCCUGCUUUUUAAUGCUUGGUGCCCCAGAGAUGCUGUUUUCAUGCGCAGUGAGACGAAGAGGCAGGAAUAUGUUUUAGCACAAUAUGGGCAGAUCUACAGAGGAACAUAUAAACGAAUCAAAGGAACACCCUGGAACUUUGGACAGUUUGACAAAGAUAUACUGGAUAUCUGUCUGAAGAUCCUGGAUGACAACCCAAAAUUUGAGUCUGAUGCUGACGAGGACUGCUCUGCCAGGAGAAAUCCCAUCUAUGUGACCAGGGUUCUGAGUGCUAUGAUAAAUAGUAAUGAUGACAGCGGUGUGCUGGUGGGAGAGUGGGGAGAGUUUUCAGGUGGGGUCCAUCCAGGACUGUGGAUCGGCAGCGGUGACAUUUUGCGCCAGUGGGCAAACAGUGGCCCCGUCCGCUACGGCCAAUGUUGGGUCUUUGCUGCUGUUGCAUGCACAGUGUCCCGUGCCCUUGGCAUCCCAUGUCGAGUGGUUACUAACUUUGGAUCGGCUCAUGAUACUAACGCCAACCUGAAGAUAGAAAACUUAUAUGAUGAAGAUGGUGAAAGCCUUUCUGACGGUGAUUCAAUAUGGAACUUCCAUGUUUGGGUGGACAGCUGGAUGACUCGUCCUGAUUUAGAGCCAGAGUUUGAUGGGUGGCAAGCCAGUGACCCAACCCCCCAGGAGACGAGUGACGGUGUUUUCUGUUGCGGACCGGCUCCACUCAGGGCCAUCAAGGAAGGAGAGCUGACCAAGAAGUAUGAUGCUCCCUUUAUUUUUGCUGAGGUUAAUGCAGAUGUUGUAGACAUGGUGCGCCUUUCAAAUGGGAAGUUUGUCACUUUCGGAGGAUCAACUAAGUCUGUUGGACGCUUCAUCAGCACCAAAGCUGUGGGCUCAAAUAAUAGACACGACAUCACACACCAGUACAAGUAUCCAGAAGGCACAAAGGAGGAGAGGGAGGUUUAUGAGAAAGCUCAACACCACAACAAGCUACAGCAGCGAGGAGAAGAGCCAGGGCUUCAUCUCAAGAUCAAACUGGCUGAAAACAUGAUUGUGGGCUCGGACUUUGAGGUGUACGCCGUCCUCACUAACAACUACAUGGAGGCGAAGACCUGCACCUUCCUGUUCUUUGCCAAAGCUGUCGGUUACAACGGAAAACAAGGAGAUAGCUGUGGAUAUGCUUCAGAUAAAGUGGAGGUCCCCCCUGGAGAAGAGAGGCGCCUGUCCCUCAGACUGGAGUAUCACCAAUAUGGAUCAGCGAUCACCUCUGACAGGUUGAUCCAGCUGGCAGCCAUCACCAUCGACAAGGAGACCAUAGAUUACCAUAAAGCUGAGAAGACCAUUGUGCUAGAUGAGCCAGAUAUGGAGAUCAAGCUGGUGGGAGAAGCCACAGUGAACCAGUCUGUGACAGCAGAGAUGAGCUUGUUGAACCCUUUACCAGAGCUGCUUCACGACUGCAGCUUCACCAUAGAGGGGGUCGGCCUCACUGACGGCAAACCAGUAACAGCAGAGAUUGAAGAUGUGGGCCCCAAACAGGAAGCCAAGGCCAGCGUUAAGUUCACUCCCACCAGUGUUGGUUCCAGCGUGCUGCUGGUGAACUUUGAUAGCGACAAACUGAAGAACAUCAAGAGCUUCAUCAAUGUUGUUGUGAAAGAAUGAGCCAGAGCCCUCAGCAGGACUUUUUUAAAUUAAUAUAUCAUACUAGAAUAUACUCUAAUACGAUCUGUAUAUUUUUCUUGAAUCAUUUUAUUAUGAAAUUGAAUAUGAAUUUUAUUAUAAUCCACAGCCACUAACCAUUAUGUAUAUCUCUGUAGUAGGCAACAGUACUAUUUUUGUUGUUAAAAUAAGACACUUACAUGAGCUAAUUUAUUUUACUUUAAUGAUUAAUAAUGAUAAUAAGGGUGUAUUCAUUUUUAUUUGGUUACAUUUAAAUGUGCAAACACUUUGUUAUUGUGAUAAUGAAGAAAAUCCAAUUUGCUAACUAAAAACUAAAAUGUAUAAAAUAAAA